GUGUAGCGCACACACACUCACGCGCAUUAGCAUAAACAACAACACUCACGCUUGCAGAUGCACACAUCAGCAUACAUUCUGUGGAACUUUACCGGCACGUUACCGGAAACAUGCGCACCGUGAAGGCACCGCAGUGACGUCAGCCCUCCAGCCUCCAUGAUGCUGCAGCUCCCUCUGGUGGUGACGGCUCAGGUCGACCUGGUCCUGGUUCUGGUCUCUGUUCUGGCGUUCUGGACUCGUCUGAGCGGCCUGAGUUACCCCGGAGCCGUGGUGUUCGACGAGGUGUACUACGGUCAGUUCGUGUCGCUCUACGUCAAGCGGGCGUUCUUCCUGGACGACAGCGGCCCGCCGCUCGGUCACAUGAUCCUGGCCCUCGGAGCUCACCUUGGAGGUUUUGAUGGGAACUUCGCAUGGAACCGUAUCGGAGCGGAGUAUCCCAGCAGUGUGUGUGUGUGGAGUCUGCGCCUCCUGCCAGCUGUGUGUGGUUCUCUGUGUGUUCCUCUGGUUUAUCUCCUCACUCUGGAGCUGAAGUUCUCUCACCUGUCAGCUGUGGGCGCCGCUGUGCUGCUGCUGCUGGAGAACGCUCUGAUUGUUCAGUCCCGCUUCAUGCUGCUGGAGUCUGUUCUCAUCUUCUUUGUGCUGCUGGCGUUCUUCUCAUACCUCCGCUUCCACAAUGGCCCUCACAGCUCCUGGUCCAGGUACGCCUGGCUCCUCCUCUCAGGUGUGUCCUGCGGCGCGGCUGUUGGGGUGAAGUACAUGGGCUUGUUCUCAUACCUGCUGUUGGUGGGCGUGGCCUCUCUGCACACCUGGAGCCUGAUUGGAAACCGAACCGUCAGUCAUCUGUAUGUGUGUGUGGAGUGUGUGUGUAGAGGUGUGUGUCUGUUGGUUGUUCCAGUCCUGCUCUAUGUGUUCUGGUUCUACGUUCACCUGAACCUCCUGAGUCUUAGUGGACCACAUGACCAGCUGAUGAGCCCCGCCUUCCAGGCCAGCCUGCAGGGCGGGCUCUCCCGGAUCACUCGGGGUCAGCCUCUGGAGGUGGCCUAUGGCAGCCAGGUGACCUUAAGAAGCUCCGCCUCCCAGCCAAUCGCCUGCUGGCUCCACUCACACAAAGCCAACUACCCAAUCAGGUAUGAAAGUGGGCGGGGCAGCUCUCACCAGCAGCAGGUCACAUGCUACCCCUUCAAGGACGUCAACAACUGGUGGAUCAUCAAAGACCCCAGCAGACAGGAGCUGGUGGUGGGCUGUCCUCCUCGUCCUGUCCGUCACGGGGACGUCGUCCAGCUGGUCCACGGGAUGACCUCACGCUUCCUCAACAGUCACGACGUGGCGGCUCCCAUGAGCCCUCACGCCCAGGAAGUAUCCGGAUACAUCGACUUCAACGUUUCCAUGCCGUCGCAGAACCUGUGGAGGGUGGAAGUCUCCAACCGGGAGGCGGAGUCAGACGUGUGGAAGACCAUCCUGUCUGAAGUGCGAUUGGUCCACGUCAACACGUCCGCCGUGCUCAAGCUGAGCGGCGCCGCCCUCCCGGACUGGGCGUUCCGGCAGCUGGAGGUGGUGGCGGAGCGCGCGGCGGCGGCGAGCGGCGGUUCUCUGCUCUGGACCGUGGAGGAACAUCGAUACGGAACCAGUGAGGAGCAGAAGGAGCGGGAGGCGGAGCUUCACUCUCCGACGCACAUCGACGUCGACAGAAAAAUCUCCUUCUGGGCCAAAUUCCUGGAGCUGCAGUGGAAGAUGCUGACGGUAAAACAGGAGGAGUCAGAGCACAAAUAUAGCUCCGCCCCCUUCGAAUGGAUCACCAUGGAAACGAAUAUCGCCUACUGGCUGCACGCCUCCAACAAUGCUCAGAUUCAUCUCAUUGGUAAUCCCGUGUCAUGGGGCGUGGCCAUCUUCAGCCUGCUGACCUAUCAGCUGCUGGCAGGCGUGUACCUGCUGAGAAGGAGGCGGGGCUUAAAAGACCUCUCUGACACUGCGUGGCGGCGGUUCGUGUGUCUGGGGUGUGUGUGUGUUGGUGGUUGGUGGAUGAACUUCCUUCCCUUCCUGCUGAUGGAGAAGACGCUCUUCCUGUAUCACUACCUGCCCGCCCUCUGCUACCUGCACCUGCUGAGCCCCGCCCUGCUGGAGCACACACACACACACCUGCUGAGCAGUGGAACACAGCGUGGCGCUCUGGCAGUGGGCGUGGCCUCCGUCCUGCUCGCUGUCGUCUGGUCCUAUCAGACCUUCAGUCCCCUGACGUACGGCCGCCCCGAGCUGUCGGCCAAUCAGCUGCGAGCGCUGAGGUGGAGGGACAGCUGGGACGUCCUGUACCGCCGCCGCUAGAGCCCCGCCCCCUGCCGGCUCAUCAGCCUGACCUCGCCUCCAUCAGCCCGACCCCUCUUCCGUCAGCCUGACCCCGCCUCCGUCAGCCUGACCCCGCCUCCGUCAGCCUGACCCCGCCUCCAUCAGUCUGACCCCGCCGCCAUCAGCCUGACCCCGCCUCCGUCAGCCUGACCCCGCCUCCAUCAGCCUGACCCCGCCUCCAUCAGCCUGACCCCGCCUCCGUCAGCCUGACCCCGCCUCCAUCAGUCUGACCCCGCCUCCAUCAGUCUGACCCCGCCUCCAUCAGCCUGACCCCGCCUCCAUCAGCUCCUCAUUGGAGGACCGCUGGGCGCUGAGCGGCUCCCUCACAGGACUGGAGGCAGCAGAAGGUUCUAGAAGCUGUUCUCCGGAAUGUGAUCCGGUUCCACAGCCUGAAGGAGGAAGACAGCGGACUGCUGUGUUUCCUCUGAGGGAACCCGACUCUCUGAAGUGUUCAUGUUCAAUGAUAUUCAUUUGAAAAUCAGAAUAAUAAAGUAUUAAAAC